AUGGCUUCCACCACCAAGCGCGCCGAUUUCGAGGCGAUUUUCCCUUCCCUGGCCCAGGAUAUCCUGGCUCAUGCGAAGAAGUACAACCUCCCCGCCAAUGCCUUGGAAUGGUUUGAAAAGUCCCUGAACGUCAAUGUUCCAGGCGGCAAGCUCAACCGCGGUCUCUCCGUGCCCGACACCGGCCUCGCCCUCUUGAAGCAGCCCCUGACCGACGAGCAGUUCGAGCACCUCAGCAUCCUGGGCUGGCUGACCGAGCUGCUCCAGGCUUUCUUCCUGGUCAGCGAUGACUUGAUGGAUGGCUCCAUCACUCGCCGCGGCCAGCCCUGUUGGUACCGCCACGAGGGUGUCAACCUCAUUGCCAUCAACGACGCCUUCAUGCUGGAGUCGGCCAUCUACCUCGUCCUGAAGCAGCGUCUGCGCACCCACCCCUCCUACAUCGAUAUCGUGGAGCUCUUCCACGAGACCACCUGGCAGACCGAACUGGGUCAGCUGUGCGAUUUAAUCACCGCUCCCGAGGAUAACGUCAACCUGAACAACUUCUCCAUGGAGAAGUACAUGUUCAUUGUCACUUACAAGACUGCCUACUACAGCUUCUACCUACCCGUCGCUCUUGCCAUGCUUUACCUGCAGCGGGCUACCCCUGAGAACCUCAAGCAGGCCCACGACAUCCUGAUCCCGCUGGGUCAAUAUUUCCAGAUCCAGGAUGACUACCUUGACAACUUCGGUGACCCCUCGGUCAUUGGCAAGAUCGGUACCGACAUCCAGGACAACAAGUGCUCGUGGCUGGUCAACCAGGCCAUCCCGCGCUGCACCCCGGAGCAGCGUCAGGUGUUGGACGAGAAUUACGGCCGCAAGAACUCGGAGCAGGAGGCUAAGGUCAAGAAGGUGUUUGACGAGCUUGAGUUGGAGAAGCUGUACAAGGAGUACGAGGAGAAGGUCGUUGGAGAACUGCGCACCAAGAUCGCUGCUGUUGACGAGUCUUCUGGCCUUAUGAAGGAGGUCUUCGAGUCGUUCCUGGCCAAGAUCUACAAGCGCACCAAAUAG